UAAAUGGGUCAGGAUAGGGUGCUUUGCAAGUGUUUGAUGAAUGACCCAGUUCUCCAAUUUGAGAAUAGACGUGCAAUUUUGGACCUUUUUUUAUGCUGUUGUGAAUAGCGGGGCGAGGCUCGAAUCGGCGUGAGUUCUUUCUUGGGUGUUCUUCCUUUUUUUUUCUGGGGAAAAGGAAGAAAAUGGAGAGGACAAAGCAAUCGUUGGAUAGAUGCUCAAGAACACUCAGACUUCACUUGCAGAAGGUAGUGCUUCAUGUGUUAAUUUUUGUGAAGCUUUCGUUGGAUAGAUGCUUGCGACCUUUUUUAGCCAGGUUAUGGCUGCUAUUGGAGGAAAUACUGCAGGUCCAGGGGAUGCUGUUGUCAAUGUUUACAUAAACCAUGAAAAGAAGUUUGCUUUUGUGGAAAUGAGAUCUGUUGAGGAGGCAAGCAAUGCAAUGGCCUUAGAUGGCAUUAUCUUUGAGGGAGCGCCUGUGAAGGUGAGGAGGUCCAGUGAUUACAACCCCUCCCUUGCAGCAACUCUUGGUCCUAGCCAACCUAAUCCUAACCUAAAUCUUGGUGCGGUUGGUUUAACCCCGGGUUCUGCUGGUGGGCUUGAAGGCCCUGACCGCAUUUUUGUGGGUGGAUUACCAUAUUACUUUACAGAAGUGCAAGUGAGGGAGCUGCUGGAAUCUUUUGGUCCUCUUAGGGGUUUUGAUCUAGUGAAAGACAGGGAGACUGGAAAUUCCAAAGGCUAUGCUUUUUGCAUUUAUCAAGAUCUCUCAGUCACGGAUAUAGCUUGUGCAGCUCUCGAUGGCAUUAAAAUGGGCGACAAGACUCUCACUGUUAGGCGUGCUAACCAGGGUGCAAACCAACCAAAACCUGAACAGGAGAGUGUUUUGUUGCAUGCACAGCAGCAGAUAGCUCUGCAGAAGCUUAUGUAUCAACUUGGUGCACUUGCUACUAAAGUGGUAUGUCUAACACAAGUAGUUACUGAGGAUGAGCUUAAAGAUGAUGGGGAGUAUGAAGAUAUAUUGGAGGAUAUGAGACAAGAAGGCGGAAAAUUUGGUAAUUUGGUGAAUGUGGCCAUACCUCGUCCCAGACCAGAUGGAGAACCUUCCGCAGGUGUUGGAAAGAAAAUGCUCUGCAUGGAUCCUAGAAGAAGCAAGAUGCUCUGCAAGAACUUCACGAUCUUAUUACCUCGAAGAGAUCCCGAGCAUGGCAAAAUACCCUUGAGAGGAUUAUGUUCAAGUACACUGAGCUAUGUGUUGAUAUGCGGAGGGGGAGAUUUGUCAAGGAUGUUUAAGUACAUUGAGCUAAUGUUCAAGUACAUGAAAAAUAAGGACUCGUGGAGCAUCGAAGAAGACAAGAUCCUGAUUCAAGCACACAAGCAGAUUGGGAACAAAUGGGCCGAGAUAGCCAAGAGAUUGCCUGGAAGGACUGAAAACACAAUUGAGAACCACUGGAAUGCUACCAAGCGCAGGCAACUCUCUAAGCGCGAGUUACUUCCCUACAACAACAACUCCAACCUAUUGCAAAAUUAUAUCAGGAGUGUCACCACUCCAUCUCCUCCGAAACGGUCCGCACCGGCUCGUGGUCGCGACCACCGCCCCCACCAGACCAAGAAGCUGUCGUUGUCUUUGUUGGCGGCAGCCAUUUCUCGUGGCUCGGACAUGCAGCCUGAAGCGACCAACCGCCCCCAGCAGGCGCCGGAUCACCACCACCACCACCAGCUGCCGCUGCCACCUGCUUAG